AUGGAAAGUAACAAGGUACAGAAGCAAGUGUCGUCGUUCGAUUUGGAGCCAAAUCCGUUUGAACAAAGUUUUGCAUCGACGAAACGGGAGGUGGGCGGGAUCGGCAGGCCGGUACUGCAGCAGCCUCGUCAACACGGGCAGGGGCUGCUGGGAAUGGGAGGUGUAUCUCAAGGCGUUGGAGACCAAAAAACGUUACCCAGAUACCAUGUACAGCAGAAGCCUCCAGCCCUCCAUUCACCUCCUGUGUUGACUCCUGGGGGAUCGCAUAGGCUUUCAGCUAUGCUACUUUCACCGCAGCUUCUGCAGACGCAGAUGCCAGCCUUGAGCCCACUAAUUCAUGGUGGGCAGCCAGCCACGCAGACGACGCCGAACUUUUUAAUGGGCCUGAAUAACAAGGUUGUGACUGCUAAGAGUGGAUUACAGGCCAACGAAUCAGGUCUACGCACUGGGUUGACGCCAGGUAUAAUCGAGGACGGGCAGCCGGCGUCGCUGCCUAUGCCCAAUAGUGGGCAGUUCACUCCUGGACUAUCCUCGAUACUUUCGUCCAUUCCUAUGGAGACUGGUCGGACCCCUAGUGCACCAGGACUUCCUCCUUAUGCUCACACUUUGUCUACUGUACUGGAAGCUAAGGGAGCUAGUCCGAACCUGGUUUCAGAUGUUGGUAUAGGUUCAGCGGGGACCCCUCAUUCCUCUACUAAGAUUGCACUCGAGCUCCCAAAGGAACGAACACAGAGUAUAGGCCACAGUGAACGUAAGCGGACGUUGACUGCAGAAGAACACACUGUGCCUGACUCGUUCGAUAGCAGUAGCAACGAGAGUGGAAUGAAUAGUGGUGCAACGAGUUCUGCACAUAAUGGAACUAAUAUAGGCACUAGCAGCAGUAUUACAAGUCUCAAGAAAAUAAAGAAGUCCCAAGAGUAUAGUGAGGAGAAUGAAGAAAGAAACCGUAAGCGACAGGAAUUUCUCGAGCGUAAUAGGCUUGCUGCUUCGAAGUUUAGGAAACGCAAGAAGGAAUACAUAAAAAAGAUAGAGACAGACCUUCAAUUUUAUGAGACUGAGUACACCGAUCUGACCUUGUUUGUUGAUAGAUUGGCAGGAUAUUCAUCAGAGGCUAAAGAAGCGGGUCGUAUGGAUCCUAACCUAUCGUUAUUUAAUUUGUUGAAGCAAUCACUGGCGAGACAAGAUUUGCCAACGGCCAUGGCUUUGGUUAGCCAGAUUGAACAGCUGAUGGUAGCCACCAAAUAUGUUCAAAGAAACGGUAAAAAUCCUAGGGAGGAUAGUGAAGAUAAAAAAGAGGACCAUUGA